AUGUCUAACUCGGAUGAUGAAGAUGCUGAUCCUGUAGUGGAUGAGCAACUCGUAGUUGUACACUUCCGGGAGCUUGCACAUAGUCAUUUCGGGAAGGCUGUCGAUCCCGACACAGUGCGGUUAGUAGGAAUGGACAAGCCAGGGGACGGUAAAUUGAUAGUCCAAGCCAAUGGUGAGGAGGUCGCCCUUGAUGCGAUGGUGGCUGAGCCGCCGGGGAGCUUCCUUAUAAUGGAGAAGGAACCUGUGCAGCAAACUAAUACCGCGGAUAAUGCGGCUGAGAAAACACCAGAGGAGCCGCAUGCUGCACCGGUAACACACAACACUUCGGACCCCUUGGCAUCAACGACAAGAACACCUAGAGGUGGCUUAAAGGCAGCAAAGGAGGGGGACCGGCCCCUUGAUGAUACUAUGACGUCCUACUCCAAAUGGGAGGCUCUCACAUCAUGGGUUGAUAGAUUCACUGACAAGCUAUGCAUACCAUUUUUGGGCGAGGACAACGAUAGGACAUGUAUUGUACCGCGAGAUGGCACAGCCGCCGACGAGCUCAAACUACCGUACAAAUGGGAAGUCAUCUAUUGGCUCAAGUACACUGGAGCGGUCGCUAUAGCCUUCUCUCUGAUUUUGACAGCAGUACUAGUGGACGACAUGCACCACAUCGAAGAGAACAGUAUGACAUUUAAAGGACUUCCGGGCCAGGUUGGGGAGAAAAUCAUCACUAUUCCGGUUGCCGACUUCGCCACCGUUAUCGCCUUGUUGAUAGCCUUCCUAGUGUGGCUCGUAACUCCAGAUAAGACUAGAUUCCUAUCAAAGUACCUACAGCUUGUCGGUCUAGGGUAUCUCUUAAGAGCUAUCAUCAUGCCAUGGACUGUCCUACCCGCCCCCUUCAGCGUCUUGCAAUUCCCACAGUGCUUCGAGACACCUGGAAAUAAGAUAUUCGGCGAUAUCAUCACCCUUAUAUUCUGCAACGAUAUGAUGUACUCUGGACACGCAGCUUUCAUUUGCAUCCCGAUAUUCAUCGCCUUUGCCUUUGUCGAAUACGGACCCAUCAAGCGGAAAGCCUUGGCAUGGUUGAUGCUCCUUGGAGUCGCUGUGCCCUGUAUUCUCGUGAGUGUAGUAGUGAGCUCGUGUUUCGUGCUGCUCAACAUUCCAGCUUGGAAGCUGCUAUUUGACUAUGGAAAAGGUGCACCCAACCGGUUCGGGAAGGUAUCUGACCUCCUCGCCGAGGCAUACGACUGUUUUUCGGACGACGAUUCCAACAGCACCACCGCCUUUUUGGAUGAUAAAGACGUUGAAGAGGAGCCAGAUUGGAUAUCGAUCGAAAAAAAGAUAUCUGAUCUCAGCUUGCCAUUCCUGGGUCCUGACAUUCGGAGCAACCCUCGGACUUUCAUCAUACCUCGUGAUAAGAAUGACGAUGGUCACUUGGGAUUGUCAUACAAAUGGACUGUUAUCUACGGCUUGGGAUACAUUAUGGCGGUCUUCGUCUCGCUGGCAUUAUUAACGACCUCGGUUAUCGUGGAUGAUAUACACACUAUUAAGGGAGGCUCAAUGACGUUUCAGGGGCUUGCUGGCCAGACCAAGCCGUUAACCAUCCGUAUUCCCGCCUCACAUGGCGGCUGGCAGAGUUUGAGCUAUAACUCGUUCGAGGAUGGUCUCAUUUGUCCUUUGAAUAGUGGACCCGAGAGUCGGCCGACUCUGGCAAAGUACUCUACUCUCGCCCAAUGCGAGGUCGACGGUCAGCAGUGUGCCAAAGACCGCAAGGGUGACUCGGUCAGCGGAAUCGCCCUCAGCUUGUCGGAGUUGGGCUUGGCCCAGGUCCAGACUAACAGUGGACUCGGUGUAGAAACCCUAACAGAUUUCUCCAACGUAUCGUUCCUCAAUCGGGUGCUGGUGAUUACCGCCUUAACCUGUCAUGGACUAGCAUUCGUGUUGCUGAUCGCAAUGCGGCGUCCACCCCGAUCGCUACUCCUGCACCGGAGUAAGAACACUUCUUUCCUCGAUUUCACCUUGGACUACGGUCCACAAUGGUUAAUCAUGCUUGGCGGCGUGUUACUCUUCCUGUCCAGCGCUCUGGCGACCUCCUUUCGUCAUGAUCUCACAUCGCAUAUCGCUGCAUAUGCAGUAGCUUGCCAUACAUCUCCAGGAGAUCCUAUACGCACUGCCUUCAAUCCAGGGAAUAGCAACCCUUCGAACCUCGACGCGAUGUUGGUAUUUGCCGAGUAUGUCCAUGAAUCGGGUGGUGCGGGCAUCAGCAUCACUUUGACCACUUUGGUCGUCUACGUUGAUCUAUUCGCUUCCAUUGCAGUUAUUUGGGUUGGCACUCGUGGAGCUUACCAUAAAGAUCGAGCCAAACUGACCGACGCUCAGCUCAGCCGUUUACCAUUCUAUUCCAAGAUCUGGCACAUAGCCCUCAGCCUCACCUUUUUGGUUUUCUCUCUGGCAUCUACGUGGUUUGCUGGGUGA